CUAUAAAUAUCCCCAAUCCCCUGUCUUUUCUUCUUGUCAACGCAUUUCAAUUUCUUCAUUUCGCAUUCGCUUAACUCCAACGACGUAAGAGAGAGAAAAUUUAGAGAGAGAAUCAACUUCAAAUUACUCUGAAAAUGGCGACCAAAGUCUACAUUGUAUAUUAUUCCAUGUAUGGGCACGUACACAAGCUAGCAGAGGAGAUCCAGAAGGGAGCUGCAUCUGUAGAAGGUGUUGAGGCUAAACUCUGGCAGGUUCCUGAGACACUUACAGAUGAGGUCCUUGGUAAGAUGAGUGCACCGCCAAAGACUGAUGCUCCAAUCAUUACCCCAAAUGAGCUAGCUGAUGCUGAUGGCUUUAUAUUUGGCUUCCCUACAAGAUUCGGAAUGAUGGCUGCCCAAUUCAAGGCUUUCCUUGACUCAACUGGGGGUCUUUGGAGAACUCAGCAGCUUGCUGGAAAACCUGCUGGGUUAUUCUUUAGCACAGGAUCUCAAGGUGGUGGACAAGAAACCACCGCUUUGACAGCUAUCACUCAGUUGACUCACCAUGGCAUGAUCUUUGUCCCAAUCGGCUACACAUUUGGUGCCGGCAUGUUUGAGAUGGAGAACGUGAAGGGUGGAAGCCCUUAUGGUGCUGGUACUUUCGCCGGAGAUGGUUCAAGACAGCCUACAGAACUUGAAUUGGAGCAGGCUUUCCACCAGGGAAAGUAUAUCGCCACUAUCACAAAGAAGCUUAAGGGAAGUGCUUAAUGAAUUCUGAUAAUCACAAACAUACAGCGGAUCAUACUCAUUACUCAUUCAGAUUCACACACUAUUUGUUUUUCAUUACCAUCUUCAAUCGUUAUUUUUAUGCCUUUUCUGUGUUUGGAAUAAAAGCUUUCUAUUUGUACUUUUGAAUGAUAAAAGGUUAUGCUAUUUAUUUUUAUGUGGUGCACGGUGCACCACAAAGAAAAAAAAUUAUCCGCAA